UCCAAUCCAAACCGAUCACCACACCACUACCGCACUCAACACAAUGCCUGUAUACAGUACUAAGCAACAUAAUGGUGUACCCGGCUUGCUUACUAGUCUGACACACUAGAAACAGAAAACGGGAAGAAUUAUCGCGAGAACACGGCGUGUUUUGACGCGGCGCUGGAUGGCGCUGCGGGAUGUUUCGGAAUUUUUUUGCGGGGAGGUUUUUUCCCCCUUCGCCUACAGGUUUCUGCUCGGAUAGGACACAAGACCGCGGUCUGGACGAAGGCACACAAGGGAACAACACAAUCUAGCCAAACAGCUAACACUGCGCUUCACAAAUGCACUGUCACGCUCAGCAUCUUUCUGCCAGCAGCAUGAACACCGAGCUGCUUCACCUGGAAGGACUGCACACUCUUUCUAACAGCACAGAUGUGCUCAACAUCACACCGUGUGAACGCAGUGUGACCUCACGCCUAGGCUGAGCAGAGAUAAAAGGGUUUGACCACAAGACUGGAUGGUGAGAAGGGGCUAAAGAGUGCGCAGGCUUGGCUAAAGGUAGAUUUACUCUCCUGGACCAGAGAGAAACAAAGAGGCACGCAGACAAUCCAUGAAGGCGCUGCAAAAAGUCUAAGCCAUUUGUUGCAGUUUACGGCACUUCGUCAUUUUAUUCGAGUUGGGGACAGAUUUGUGAGAAAAAGAGCCCCUUUAACGUCCUUCUUCCUAAAAGCAGAAAGACAGCAUCAUUGUACUCUUCACAGCUGUUAACAAGGCCUCUACUCUCAGAGCAAUACACAGUGCUGCUCUAGACCCACACACUGCCCUCACAUGGGAGUGACAUAGGAGCAAGUCCACAUCAACAUCCCUGCUUUUCCUCACAGUGUCUCAACCUGUGUUUCCGUCACACAUCCAUUCACUUCUGUCAACUCGCACACUUGCAUCACCUACACUCACCCAGGAUGCCUUCCUCCUCCUGCGUGAUUGGCUGGAGAAGGAAGCAGCCUUUGUGGUGACGGGAGUGGGGCGGCAUCCAUGUCGUGGAAGCGGAACUACUUUGCGUCUGGCAGCAGCGGGCUGCAGAGCAAUUCUAACCCGGGCACCAUGAACUCCAUCGCCCCCAGCAAAGGCCUGAGCAACGAGCCGGGCCAGAACAGCUGCUUCCUCAACAGCGCGCUGCAGGUACUUUGGCACCUUGACAUCUUCCGCAGAAGCUUCCGGCAAUUGACGACACACAAGUGCAUGGAGGACUCCUGCAUCUUCUGUGCUCUUAAGAGCAUCUUUGCCCAGUUCCAGUACAGCAGUGAGAAGGUGCUGCCCUCGGAUGCCCUGCGCAGUGCUCUGGCUAAGACCUUCCAGGAUGAGCAACGCUUCCAGCUGGGCAUUAUGGACGACGCUGCCGAGUGCUUUGAGAACCUGCUCAUGCGUAUCCACUUCCAUAUUUCCGAUGAGACUAAGGAGGACAUCUGCACAGCCAAACACUGCAUCCCACACCAGAAGUUUGCUAUGACACUAUUUGAACAGUGUGUGUGUAACAGUUGCGGAGCUACUUCGGACCCUCUCCCCUUCAUUCAGAUGGUGCACUACAUCUCCACCACAUCUCUCUGUAACCAGGCCGUGCGAAUGCUUGAGUGCAGGGAGAAGCCGACCCCGGACAUGUUUGGGGAGCUUCUGCGCAACGCUAGUACCAUGGGAGACCUGCGUAACUGCCCGAGUAACUGUGGAGAAAUGUUGCGCAUUCGCCGUGUCCUGAUGAAUUCUCCUGAGAUCAUCAGCAUCGGCCUGGUGUGGGACUCGGACCACUCGGACCUGGCCGAGGAUGUCAUCCACAGCCUGGGCACAUGCUUGCGUCUGGGGGAUCUGUUCUACCGAGUAACGGAUGACCGGGCCAAGCAAUCAGAGCUCUACCUGGUGGGCAUGGUGUGUUACUACGGCAAGCAUUACUCUACAUUUUUCUUCCAAACCAAGAUACGCAAGUGGAUGUACUUUGAUGACGCCCACGUCAAAGAGAUUGGGCCCAAGUGGAAAGACGUGGUUUCGCGUUGUAUAAAGGGCCAUUACCAGCCCCUGCUUCUGCUCUAUGCUGACCCCCGUGGGACGCCUGUGGCAUCGCAAGACAUGCCCGCUGCUCAGCUGGAGCUGCACCACUGCAGCAAGGCCGGCUACGACAGCGAAGACUCCGGGAGGGAGCCGUCCAUCUCCAGCGACACACGCACAGACUCUUCCACAGACAGUUACAGUUAUAAGCACUCACGCUCACACCACGAGUCCAUGGCCUCCCAUUUUUCCUCAGAUUCUCAGGGAACUGUGGUGUGCAAUCAGGACAGCAGCGGCUCACAGAACAGCAUGGACUCUGCAGGUGAUGUCCUAAAAGAGAAGGUAGCUCCUCAGUCUCCACCACGGCCAUCCUCCGUAGGACGACUGCCCGAUUAUACGAAAGUGGGCUCGUGUGCUGGCGGAUCCGAAACCGGGCCACAUGCCAGGGACUGGGAGGACGAGAGCACCAGCAGCGAGUCCAAGUCCAGCUCCAGUGGGGGGCGCUACAGACCAUGCUGGAGGCCAAGGAGAGAAGUGCUGAACAUCGACAACAUCUUCAGCCAUGAUAGGCAACGGCUAGGCUCGAGUCCACUCCCAGAGGAUGCCAUCCCUCAGACUCCUAACGAAUCUUUCCCUGGGAUUGGAGCACACGUCAUGGACUCCACAGAGACGCAGCCCACGGAUAUAGUAGGGGGCGGGUCUAACGUAGGAAUGGGGCACCUUCCAGUCCCGGCCGCUCCACGCGGCAUGGCACAGCCACCACGGUUAAUCCAGAGGAUGGAAAGCGGCUAUGAGAGCAGUGAGAGGAACAGCAGCAGCCCCAUCAGUAUGGACAUGCCUCUCAAUGAGAACCUCAGCACCAGUGCACCCAGGGAGGCCAGCAGUAAAAGACAGAUGACGUCAGGGCCAUCCUGGCGAACAGUGCCAAAAUCCAAGAGCAGCAGUGCCAUCUUGCAAGAUAUGCGAUCGCCCAGCUGGAGCAACAGCCCUGUAAAUCUGGGGGAGGGCCGCAGUGAACUUGAUGAGCUGCAGGAGGAGGUGGCACGCAGAGCAAGGCAGCAGGAGCUCCAGAGAAAGAAGGAAAAGGAGAGAGAGGCAGCCAUGGGCUUCAAUCCCAAACCCAGCAAGUUUAUGGACCUGGAUGAACUCCAACACCAGGGGAAGGGGUGCAGUUUUAAGCACUGCCUGGCGGAGGCGGAUGCUCUGUUAGAGCAGUCGCUGCGCCUGGAGCAGGCUGGAGACCCAGCCACCGCCCUGGCACUGUUGCGGCACAUUGUGUCUAAACUAAGAUUUUCCAUGCAUGAGGGCAGUGCUAACACUCAUAGCAGGACUAUGGCUGCUGACGCCAAGCUGCAAAAAUGCAUGAGGAGAGCUCGAGGCCUACAACAGCGCAUUCAGCAGCAGCAACAACAGCAAGAGCAGCCGCAGGAGCCCGGCCGCCCACAGGGGCCUCGCAGUGAACAGCCUGGCUCGGUCCAAAUACUGCUGACAGACAAUCAGGAGGAGGUGUGGGAAGUCAAUCAAGACGCAUCCCUUGGUCUGCCACCUCCUGCCCAGACGAAGCCACUCACCUCUAAUUCACUUAAUUCACUAAAGUCACUUAACACUCCACACACUCCCAUACCUCAGCCACGUCCACAAGACCAUACUCAAGGAAAUCAGUCAAAGAAAGACACCGAAUGGGGUGGUGUGAAACUUUCCGAUGUCCUGCAGGCCUCAGGAGGGCAGAUCAGAACCAUCCAUAAGCACCUGGCCAUCUCUAUGCCAUCUCUUCCCCUGGAAUUCUGGGGUGUUCUGGAUGAAGAUGAAGAGCUUUCCCAGCACCAGCAGCCUUUAGCUUCCUCUUCUCCAUCCCCUGCUGCAUCCCUAUGGAGGGGCACUUCUGACAGCCCCCAUCCUAAUGUAGCAAACACAUUGCCUCAACCUGAGAACAGUGUAUAUGAACACCCUGGAGCCCCCAUUUGGCAACCUUUACGCAACCCUCCCUUCCCUCUCUCACCUGUGUUAUCCCGCUCCAGCCCUAGGCCCGCCCCUCCUCCUAUCACAGCUCGUCAUUGGUCCUCCUGGAGCCUGGACCGCCCCGAUGCCGUGGUCACGCCCCACGAGACCCCACCAGAUCAGAGCCAUCUCAUUAGACCUGCUAUCUCUCCACGCUCACAUGGAUGGAACGGUCCACCCUAUAGUCCAAUGAGCUCUAGGAACAAGAGUAUCAGAAAGUUUGCCAGCUCUCAAUUUGAACCAAAACUGGAGGCUGAGGCUGCAGAGUAUGAGGAGAAUGAGCUUUCAGAGCUGGACUCGCUGUAUCAGGCUAGUCUGCGAGCAGGCCGUCGUCUUAGCCCGGCCGCUGGGAAAACAGUGACUCCUGCAGCAUGGCAGCUCCUCUCUGGGGUGGGACGCUCACAGACCCCCACGGCUGAGCUGGAGAGAACUGCAUUUGGAGCACCAGGCUCUCGCAGCUCCAUUGCACACCCAGACAUGCCAGUGGAUGACAGGCAGUAUGAUCCUGAUCACCUGCGCCGCAUUGCUCGCAGUCUGAGUGGGACCGCAGUUGGACAUAGACAGGACCGUCUUGCUGUCUCACACAGCUUUGACGUGUCCAGAGGGUCACCAAGUUUCUGGCUGUGUCUAACUGGGGUCAAGCUCAGUCCAGUCCACCAGUGAAAUGUGACAGAGCUGUGCCACUGGCGUCCUGGGCAGUAGUCUUCUUGGUGUCCUAGGCCCACCUACAACACCCUCCAUCUUUAUGAUUCCUGCAAGGAUCCCUGCACAUACAAAUAAUAAGUAAUUGCUAGAAUGUUGUAACAGAGAUUAAUCCCAGUGACCCUAGCUUUUAGCUACACUAGCCCACUGGAGCACUAUCAGCUCUGGAGGGCUGGAUCCCUCUUGAAGCCCAAAAUCCUCCUGUAGCUAUAGCCCCGCCUCUGUUUCUCGGACCAUGAUGGGCUCCCAUCAUUUCCUUUAUUCAUGUGGCGUGUUGCCUACUGUGUCUUCCUUAACUAUUUCCUCUCUUUAACUUUUUUCCCCACUCAGAGUGUGGUGGGCUGCUCUGCCUUUUUCAGUGUUCAUGUAUAAUGGAUCUGGGUCAGCCUCCUCUUCCUGCCUCUGUCCUGCAUAGCAGUGUUUUAAAGUGUGUUAAAGCGUGUUUCCUUCCUGUCCACAGCAUGGUGAAGGGAAGGGCAGAGCUUAUCUUCUUCCUUGUUCAGUUCACUGAUUGGGAUAAUGUGAUGGACUAAGUAGCUGUGUGUGUGUGUGUGUGUGUGUGCGUGUGUGUGAGUUUGUGUAUGUGUGUGUGUGUGUGUGUG